ACAGCUCUCUUCCUUAUUCCAAAAUGGCCUCCUCGACUUCCCUCACUCUCCUCUUCUUCUCCUUCCUCCUCCUCACCCUCUCCCAUGCCGCCACCUUCAACGUCGUCAACCAAUGUUCCUACACCGUGUGGGCUGCAUGGGCAGACCUCAGCAACAACGGCGGCGGCCAGCAGCUCAACCAGGGUGAGACCUGGAUAGUCACCGUCCACGCCGGCACUACCGCUAACCGCAUAUGGGGCCGUACUGGCUGCUCCUUCGAUGCCAACGGCAACGGGCACUGCCAGAGUGGCGACUGCGGCAAACUCGCCUGCACCUCCUAUGGCUCCCCACCCAACACCCUCGCCGAAUUCGCCCUCAACCAGAACUCCCCCGGCUACUACAACAACCUCGACUUCAUCGACAUCUCCCUCGUUCAGGGAUUCAACGUGCCCAUGGACUUCCGCUCCACCUCGUCCGACUGCAGCGUAGACAUCCAAUGCACUGCCGACGUCGUUGGGCAGUGCCCCAGCGCACUCAAAGUGGCCGGCGGCUGCGAUGACCCAUGCACCAUCUUCAACACUCCUCAAUACUGCUGCCCUAGCGGCUCCAGCUGCGAGCCGACCACCUAUUCUGAGUUCUUUAAGAGCCUGUGCCCGAACGCGUUUAGCUACCCCAAAGAUGAUGCCACCAGCAUCUUCACCUGCCUCGGCGGGACUAACUACAAUGUUACCUUCUGCCCUUGA